AUGUCGCAUACGCGCGCUCGGUAUACCGAGAUCAUCGAUUCGAUUUUGGCGAAAAGUGAUCUCAAUACGAUCUCCACGAAAAGCAUUCGCAAAGGUCUACAAGAUGUCGUCGGCUAUGACCUCACACCACAGAAGUCCGAGAUCAAGGCGCUUAUGAUCAGUCGAUUCGACAUUUUCGCUGCCAAAAACGGAGCUGGAGCUGAUGCCGACGAACCGCCAAGCAACGGUUACCAGGACGCGGAAUCUGUAUCUGCAGUGCCCUCCCCACCUCCAUCCUCGUCGCCGCGAAGAGGCUUCAGAACCAAGCGCCACGUCACCUCCCCAAAGAAGCGCAAGCAGGAUACGGACAUCGAUGGCGACGCUGCCUUCGCAGCCAAGCUCCAAGCUGAAGAAAACAAGCGAGCUAGGCCCACGCGAGGUGGCAAUUCCCGUCGAACAGCUCCAGCUAAGAAGAAGAGCAAGGCCAAGACUUCCAAAAGAGUCAAGGCUGAGGAUGAUUCGGAUAUUGGAUCAGGUUCGGAUACGAAGAAGGAAGUCAACCGAUCAGGCGGGUUCCAUAAACCGCUGAACCUCUCCCCGCCAUUAUCCGCCCUUCUUGGAGGCGAGGUCACUCUCUCCCGCCCUCAGACGGUCAAAAAAGUCUGGCAAUAUAUCCGCGAAAACGAACUUCAAGACCCUAGUGACCGGCGCCAAAUUCGCUGCAACGAUGCAAUGCGCGCGGUGUUCAAACAAGAUCGAGUCCACAUGUUCACUAUGACCAAGAUUCUAAAUCAGAAUCUGUAUAACCCUGAUGAAUAG